UCUCCUCCAUUCUGGUUUGGUGGUAUUCCAGGCAUGCACGGGUUACCAGGCCGUGACGGACGUGAUGGCCGAGAAGGAGCGAAAGGUGACCCGGGAAGCCCGGGAAAGACUGGGCCCCAGGGACCUGCUGGUGUAAAUGGGAAAGAUGGUGCUAAAGGAGAACCUGGUGUACGGGGCCCACCAGUCCCUAAAGGAGAGCGUGGACAAAGUGGACAUCCUGGGAACCCAGGUCUAAUGCCUUUUAAGAACUGGAAAGAGUGCGCAUGGAAAGAUUUAAACGAUGACAAAGACAAUGGUUUAAUAAAGGUAAAACUUUUUGUUUAAUGCUAAGUGGCUGAAUAGUCUUCUUCUUUUUUUUGGCUAUCAUAACCAAAUGAUUUGCUUUUCUACGUUUAUUUUCCACAAAUUUAGGACUGUGUCUUCACCAAGCACUUUUCUGACACCGCUCUUCAUGUGGCCUGGACUGGUGCCCUUAGAAACUACAAGUGUACAUCCUGUUGCAAACGCUGGUACUUCACUUUCAAUGGCGCAGAAUGUUCAGCUCCUCUACCCAUUGACGGCAUUGUGUCCAUGUGGCAAGGCAAUACUCAAAACACCCACCGCGUCCGCCAUAUUGAGGGGCACUGUAACAAAAUUCACAAAGGAACGGUGCGCGUGGGAUUCUGGGUUGGUAAUUGUCGAAGUGGAUCACCUGGUGACGCCUACACGGGCUGGCAAUCUGUGUCCCGGAUCUUCAUUGAAGAAGUUCCCAAGGCUCAGUCCUAA